AUGAGGCUCAGCUCAAACAUAACAAAGUUUUACUUAUUGCAGGAAGGCUACUCUGCUGAAGCGUUCCGCCGAUCUCCUGAUCGUCUGCGUCGUCCUGCAUCGGCCGAUUCUAGUUUGAUGCUAAGAUCGAUGUCGACUGACGACGAAUUCUAUGAUCCAGGUUAGUC